AGGACCAUGAGAUUUUUGAUCUAGUGGAUCAGCUUACGGGGUUUGAAGGAGAGGAUGCAACAUUUUAUUCAUUACUCGGGGUAGAACCUACAGCUUCUGUAAAGGAGAUAGGCAAGGCACAUAGAAAAUUAUCACUCGCUUUACAUCCAGAUAAAAAUCCCGAUGAACGCAGUAGAAAAUUAUACGCCUUAUUAGGAUCCAUUACAACAAUACUUCGUAAUCCAGAGUCUCGAGAGCGUUACCAUUUCUUCCUAAGAAAUGGUGUUCCCAAAUGGCGUGGAACGGGAUGGUAUUAUAAUCGAUAUCGACCUGGUCUCCCUGGAGUUAUUGCCAGGGAAAUUGCUUGGGGAAAACGAAUGAAAAAGCAAAAUACUAGGAAGAGAGUUUGUGUAAAUGAAAAACAAUUUAUUGUUGAUAGUGAUAAUGUUUUGUUUCUCACAGAUGAAGGAGAAGAAUUUCUUUUAAGUGAAGAAGAAGUAUCCAAACCUAGUUUUGGUAAAUUAUUUCCAGUUUUGAUUUAUAAAUCUAUUUUAAGUAAAUUAAUAGCCGAGAAAAAACAAAAUAUCAAGAUGGGGGAAUCUGGUGAUGAUCAAGAGCCAUUUUCCAGCGAUGAUGAACGUAGUGAGGCUGGUGACAACCCGAGUCAAACACGUAGACGCAGACCAGGCAGGAAAGCCAAAUCUAA